AUGGAAAAUUCAGCACCAAGUGGCUUUCUCAAUCUUUCAAACCAAUCGCUGUCAUCUCUUGAGUCCCAAUCCUUUCAAUAUACUAAAGCAGUAACUCAAUUUAUUGACAUCUCUCGCAACAAACUUCAAAAUGCUAGCUUUCUAUCAGGAUUUUCCAAAUUAAUACUCAUCAAUGCUGAUUAUAACUUUUUCAAUUCCUUACUCCCUUCAUAAGCGAACAAAACCAUUGGAAAAAUCCUAAUUUUUUAGGUAAAGCCUACCCUUCUUUAGAGAACGAAAAUUUUCUAUGAAAAACAUUGUAAGGAUCCCCCCCCCUCAUUUGUCCAAUUUUCUAGUCUUUUUUUUAUAGGAUAAAAAAAAUUUUCAGGACCUCAUUUGUCCAAAAUCUAGUUAAAAAUGAUUUGUCCCAUUUUCUAGUUUUUUUGGAUUUUUUCGAAUCUCCUAAAUUUUAGUUUUUUACUUUAAAAAAACUAGAAAAUGAGACAAUUGAGGUCCUGAAAAAUAUUUUUUUUCUAUCAAAAUUUUGACUAGAAAAUUGGACAAUUGAAAUGAGGUCCUAAAAAAAUUUUUUUUAUCCUAUAAAAAAAAGACUAGAAAAAUGGACAAAUGAUAAAAGACUAGAAAAUUGGACAAAUGAGAGAGAGGGGAUCAUUAUAUGAAGUAGCUUUGAGCAUGCCUUAUUUUAAACCUGUAGAUGAUGCUAGUGAUGAUUACCUGAAUGAUGCAAAUAGGAUUGCUCCCCCUCAUUUGUCCAAUUUUCUAGUCUUUUUUUUAUAGGAUAAACAAUUUUUUCAGGAUCUCAUUUGUCCCAAAAUCUAGUCAAAAAUGAUUUGCCCCAUUUUCUAGUCUUUUUUGGAUUUUUUCGAAUCUCCUAAAUUUUAGUUUUUUACUUUAAAAAACUAGAAAAUGAGACAAUUGAGGCCCUAAAAAAUUUUUUUUUUCUAUCAAAAUUUUGACUAGAAAAUUGGACAAAUGAAAUGAGGUACUAAAAAAAUUUUUUUUUUCCUAUAAAAAAAACUAGAAAAAUGGGCAAAUGAUAAAAGACUAGAAAAUUGGACAAAUGAGGGGGGGGGAUCCUUAAUAUAUAAGUGAUAAUUAUUAUAAUGAAAUCACUAGCUAUUUUUUAUUAAAUUUUACAAGUUAAAUUCCCGAUUUUUGCGAAAUUGGAUGCUUUUAAAUUUCAAAAAAUAAUUAUUUAUUUUUAAGUUUUUUAAAAAUAAAAUUAAUCCCCUCAGUAAGCAAACAAAAUUUUUUUGUUCGCUCACUGAGGAGAAGCUAGGAUCUUUUCCAAGCUUACCAACAUUAGAUACCCUCUGCCUCAACUCAAAUCAAAUUUCUGAUUUGCAGUCAGCUAUAGAUAAUAUUUCUUCGAAAUUUCCUAAUAUCCAGCAUUUAAGCUUGAUACGAAAUCCAUGCUGCCCUUUCUUGGACGAAAGGGUAACAGAUCAAGAAAGAAUUAAUUAUAGAAUGACCGUCAUUGCUCAGUUGCCGAGUCUUGUGUCAUUAGAUGGCUCAGCUGUUAGCAACAAUGAAAAAGAGAUGGCGACUAAAUGAAGAAGAGACCACCAAUUUGCACCAAGGCCAGUUGUGACGCCUUUUAGGUACGAGUCAGUGCCUGAACCUGCGAGAGAUUCUCCUAUAAAAGUUUCUAUGAAAGCUCCAGAUAAGAAAAAGAAAGCCACUUUAAGCGAAGGGAAUCGGUUUAUUACAAAUAAAGAGUUAUAA